AUGAGUCGAGUAUCUUGCGCUGCAUGUAAAUAUCAAAGAAGAAAAUGCACUCCUCAAUGUGUUUUAGCUCCUUAUUUUCCAGCGAAUCAGCCCAAAAAAUUCCAAAAUGCGCAUCGCCUCUUCGGUGUACGUAACAUCGUGAAAACAUUGGAGCAAUUGGAAGAUGAAGAUCAAAAAGCAGACGCCAUGAAAUCCAUAAUUUUCGAGUCUGAUAUGAGGGAGAAGUUCCCUGUUUAUGGAUGUGUGGAGUGUAUUUCUUAUCUUCGCCAACAAUUGCAGAUUACUUUACAAGAACUUCAGUAUGUACAUGCUCAACUUGAAAUCUAUAGACAACAACAUUCUAGUGAAAGUUCUGUUGGCAAUGUUGGCAAUGGAAUGUUGAUGCUACCAUAUUUUUCUAGUACUGAAGGGGAAUCCACUACUCAAGGAGCCACAUAUCCUAAUCCUAAUUUUGACUAA